AUGGCCGACGCUAAGCCCACCGUGUUGAUUAUUGGUGGUCUCGGCUUCAUCGGCCGCCACUUGGCGCUGCACAUCCAUCAAAAUAACCUGGCUUCCCAAGUCCGUUUGGUCGAUAAAGUCCUCCCCCAGUUGGCCCGUCUUGCCCCCGAAUUCGAAGAGGCAUGUUCUCAAGACAAAUUUGUUCAAGCCGAUGCUAGUCGUGAACAACACCUACCACGAAUCUUCGAUCGACCCAAUGGUGAAGAAUUCGACUAUGUGAUUAACUGUGGCGGGGAGACCCGCCAUUCUCAACCAGACGACGUGUACGAAGCACGCAGCUGUGGCCUCAGUAUUACCCUCGGCAAAGAGUGCGCCCGACGCGGAAUCCGCGCCUACGUCGAAACCUCCACCGCACAUGUCUACAAAAGCGGCUCGUCUCCGCGCAAAGAGACUGACAAGAUGCAACCGUGGCACAAAUUGGCCAAGUGGAAGUUGAAGGCCGCGGAGGAACUGCUUAAGAUCCCCGAUCUGCAGUAUUGCGCGCUGCGCUUGCCUCACGUCUAUGGUGACUACAACUCUGGCUACUUCGCCAUGGCCAUCUGCUUGGCUCGCGUACACUUGGAACUUGGACAGGAUCUUGAGCUACUAUACUCCAAGGAUGUCAAGGUGAACACACUGCAUGUGCGGGAUGCCGCCACUGCCCUGUGGCAGGCGGCAGAAUGGCGCUCGACGGUUGGCAAGUUGGACAAGAACGACCCAAAGGUGCCAGAGUUGUUCAAGAAGGAACCCAGGAUGCCUGUGGCGUUUAAUGUGGUGGAUCACAACGAUACACAACAGGAGCAUUUGGCCAAUGCCUUAGCUGAGGUUUUCAACCUCAAGGUCAAGUUUGUGGGCUCUCUUGUUUCAACUUUGGCUAAAAUGAACCUGGAUGAUGCGGUCGACGAUAUGAACGAAGUCAGUCUGCAAGAGUGGGCGGAUCUGAUUGAGAAGAGCAAGAUUGAGCGCCCCGGUCCGAUUGGUCCUUUCCUUGAGCUCGACGUCCUGAAGGACCAGGACAUGUCAAUCGAUGGUUCCUUCUUUGAGAAGACAACGGGCUGGAAGCCCAAGUAUGAGAAGUUUGACGCUGACAGCGUCCGUGAGAUGGUGGAGAGUUAUAAGCGGAUGGGUUGGUGGCCGUGA